AUGGAUGGUCGGAUGGAAGGGUUGCGUGGACUGAGGUGAGCGUCUCCUUUUUUUUCCCCUGCCCGCCGCCAACCUGCCUGCCUGCCAUCGUCUGUCUGUCAGGGAUACGACCCGAAACAACUUCGCCAACCCUCCUCCAUAUCAGUUGCAAACUUGGCAAUUGCUUCGCCUCUCUUCUCUCUACUCUACUCCCGCUCGCUCGCUCGCUCGCUCGCCGUCGUCUGUAACGCGCGCGCGCAUCUUGCAUCUUGCUUCCACGCACGCCCACGACGACGUCGAGGCUCCUCGUCCUCUUCCCCUCAACCUACUACCACCCCCAAAUCCUCACACCGACAUUCCCACCACCCCCGCCACCAUGGGCGCCGACAUUAACGUUGAUGUCCUCGUCAUUGGCAUGGGACCUACGGGUCUCGGUGCCGCCAAGCGCCUGAACCACAUUGACGGCCCGUCGUGGUUGAUUGUCGACUCUUCCGACAAGGCUGGCGGUCUUGCCAGCACCGAUGUCACGCCUGAGGGUUUCCUCUACGACGUCGGCGGCCACGUCAUUUUCUCUCACUACAAGUACUUCGACGACUGCCUCGACGAGGCGCUCCCCCAGGAUGACGACUGGUUCACCCACCAGCGCAUUUCCUACGUCCGCUACAAGGGCCUCUGGGUCCCCUAUCCUUUCCAGAACAACAUCUCUAUGCUGCCCAAGGAGGACCAAGUCAAGUGCAUUGACGGCCUCAUCGACUCGGCGCUGGAAUGCCGUGUCGCCAACACCAAGCCCAAGAACUUCGACGAGUGGAUUCUGCGAAUGACGGGUCAGGGCGUCGCCGACAUCUUCAUGCGCCCCUACAACUACAAGGUCUGGGCCGUCCCCACCACCAAGAUGCAAUGCCAGUGGCUCGGUGAGCGUGUCGCCGCUCCCGAUAUCAAGACGGUCACCAAGAACGUCAUCCUGAACAAGGUUGCUGGCAACUGGGGCCCCAACGCCACUUUCCGGUUCCCUGCCCGCGACGGCACCGGCGGUAUCUGGAUCGCCGUCGCCGACACGCUGCCCAAGGAGAAGAAGCGUUUCGGCAAGCAGGGCGAGGUCACCAAGGUCGAUGCCGAGAACAAGAUUGUCCACUUCGCCGAUGGCUCCACCAUUGGCUACGGCAAGCUCAUCAACACCAUGGCUGUCGACCACCUCGUGGAGAAGAUGGGCAACCAGGAGCUCGUUAAGCUCUCCAAGGGCCUCUUCUACUCGACGACACACGUCAUCGGCGUUGGUAUUCGUGGCGAGCGCCCCGAGCGCAUUGGCGACAAGUGCUGGCUGUACUUCCCCGAGGACAACUGCCCCUUCUAUCGCGCCACCAUCUUUUCCAACUACUCCCCCUACAACCAGCCCGAGGCCAGCGCCAAGCUGCCGACGCUGUACCGCGCCGACGGCUCCAAGGGCUCGUCUGAGGCCAAGGAGGGCCCUUACUGGUCCAUCAUGCUGGAGGUCUCGCAGUCGUCGAUGAAGCCCGUCGAUGAGGAGAACCUGCUCAAGGACUGCAUUCAGGGUCUGAUCAACACGGAGAUGAUCAAGCCCGAGGAUGAGAUUGUGUCCACCUACCACCGCCGCUUCGACCACGGCUACCCCACGCCAUCGCUGGAGCGCGAGGGCGUUCUCAAGGAGCUCCUGCCCAAGCUGCAGGAUAUGGACAUCCUGUCCCGUGGCCGCUUUGGCAGCUGGCGCUACGAGGUCGGCAACCAGGACCACUCCUUCAUGCUAGGCGUCGAGGCCGUCGACCACGUGCACAGCGGUGCCGUCGAGCUGACGCUCAACUACCCCGACUUUGUCAACUCCCGACAAAACACGGAGAGGCGGCUGACGCAGAGCUUCGGCGCCUCCAAGGCCAACGGCAGCGCCGCCCUGCCUUCGCGGGAGCGGGCGUCGUCCAAGGCCACGGCCAACGGUGGCCACAGCCGCAAGUCCUCCAAGCAGGUCAAGUAAGCGCCGGUCCGGUCUAGGGGCCAUGAGCGCAACGAAUUUAAAGGGAGCCAGCAAUCUACGGUUGGACAGUUAUCUGACGCACGAGCAUGACGGGAUGGGAUGGCCUGGGCAAAGGCCGUGUUGUACCGCCUGGCACACGGCACGGGUCAAGAGGCAGGCAGGCAGGCAGGCAGGCAAGGGUUAAAAUUCAUUGUCGACAAAGACGGCGUGCUCGCUCGCGACUCGCGCGGCGACAGGUUGCAGUAUAGAAUUAUUCUUGUCUCCCAAUACCAGCGGGGAGAAGAGAGGUUCGCGAUAGAGAAUAGAGCUGGGCCUCUUUUCAUGUAUGCAUACUUCGUACGUGUCUCCAUGUUCUGGACUAUAUAUGGCCGAUGAUGUCGCAUUGACUUUUU